GGGGGGGGGGGGGGGGGGGGGGUCCAGGCUGGCUAGCUGUGGCUAAGCUAACUGACGUUGAGGCUCGCGGGCUUCGAGUCGUGGGUGAUUUUUUUUAAUUUUUUUUCCCCUUCCCUCCUCCUCCUUCUCCUCCUCCUCCUCCACGCAGGCUUGUUUGUCAACAGACGCCGAGGUUAACUUGUUAGCCAGCCUGCUAAUAACAGAAAAAAAGCUCAACUUGACGCCGUACGCGUGUUUUAAUUUUAAUUUUUUGCAUUUUUUUGUGUGUGUGUGUGUGUGGGGGGGGGGGGGGGGGCGCGGAGUGGGCGUUACGUGUCAGCCGCCGCGGAGCGAGUGUAAAGUUACCCACGUAAAGUUAGCGACAGACACCCACAAAAAAAAAAAAAAAAAAUCCGGCCAAGCUUAUCUGUCACGCAAGUUAAGUUAGCUACUUGGAGCUAACUCGGCUAAUUGACUGUUGUCGGACGCCCCAAAACAGCGGGGAGGCGCAGCGACUUCUCGUGGGAUGUAAAGGGGAGGAGGAGGAAGAAAACCAGCGAGCGUGGAGCGGCGGUGAGAGCCCACCGGGAGGACGACGCCUGCUUCUGCCAAAACAAGGUGCCAUAUUCUCCGCUGCACCCGCGAUGUUGCUACGUGACGGAGGGACCGCAAAGCGACCGUGACCCUCUCGCCUACCGUCUACUCUGCCACUGACCGGUCGCCUUCUUGCCCUGGACAUGUCCGGCCGCCGCAUGAUUCAGCCCUUGGAGACCUAGACCACAAAGGUUAGUCGAAGCUGAAAAUGAGCGCCGUCGGGGAAAGUCCCCUGGACCCUGACACGGCCGAGUCACGCAAGAGGAAGGGCUCGCCAUGCGACACGUCAGCGCAAAGUUUGGAGAAGCGGCGGCGCGAGCUGGAGUGUCGCUACAUCGGCGAGCUGGCGGAGCUGCUCUCCUCCAACAUGGGCGACAUCGCCACCCUGAGCGCCAAGCCCGACAAGUGCCACAUCCUCAAGCGCACCGUGGACCAAAUCCAGCAGAUGAAGCGGCGUGAGCUGGAGAAAGCAGCUCUUCGGUCUCCGGAUGACGCGGUGCAGAAGAGCGACAUCUCCUCCAGUAGCCAGGGCCUGCUGGAGAAAGAAUCCCUGGGACCCAUGCUGCUAGAGGCUCUGGAUGGCUUUUUCUUCGUGGUCAACCGCGAGGGACGCAUCGUGUUUGUCUCGGAGAAUGUGACGAGCUACCUGGGGUACCCGCAGGACGAGCUUAUGAUGUCCAGCGUCUACAGCAUCCUGCACGUGGGAGACCACAACGAGUUUGUCCGCAAUCUGCUGCCCAAAAGUCUAGUGAAUGGCGCGCCAUGGCCUCAGGAGUCAGGCCGCAGGACCAGCCACACCUUCAACUGCCGCAUGCUGAAAAGGCCGCCCGACGAAAUAGACUCCGAGAACCAGGAGGCCCGGCAGCAGUACGAGAUCAUGCAGUGCUUCACCGUGUCGCAGCCCCGUGCCGCCGUGCAGGAGGAAGGCGAUGACCUGCAGAGCUGCCUGAUCUGCAUUGCGUGCCGGAUGCCUCGUGGCCAGCCCGUCAGUGCAGAGUCUUUUAUCACCAAGCAGGACCCCACAGGGAAGAUCAUCUCCAUCGAGACCAGUGCAUUGCGGGCGACUGGCCGGCCCGGCUGGGAGGACUUGGUCAGGAAGUGCAUCUACGCUUUCUUCCAGCCGCAGGGCAAAGAGCCCUCCCACGCCAAAAAGCUGCUGCAUGAGGUGAUGAGCCACGGCACCGCCAUCAGCCCGCUGUACCGCUUCACCUUGACCGACGGCACGCCGCUCAGGGCGCAGACCCGCUGCAAGUUCUGCUGCCCACCGAACCCAGACGUUCAGCCCUUCAUCAUGGGCAUUCACACUAUUGACAGGGAACACAACACUGGUAGCUCUCAGGAAAACACUAACCCCAGCCUUCAGCCAACCCUGGGCAACCUCGCCCAGACGCCCUCACGCUCGCCGGUCCUCGCUGCUGGCAGCAACUCAAAACAAACCUCAGGCCCCUCCUCCGCCCCCUCCGUCUCAACGGGGCUUCACCCCAGCAACAGCAACGUCUCCCCGCAACGACUGAAUCCGGCCGCCGCCUACCCGUCGCCCAGCCGGACGCGUCCUCAGCAGGGCAACAGCCCGUCACCUCUCAGCAGCCCCACCGCAGCCGCCCCUACCUCGUUUAUGUCGUCCGUCGUUUUGCGGGCCAGUCCCGGCUCGGCGGGGAGCCCGCGGGCGCCGGGCCUCCACUCGCCAGCCGGCGCACUGAACAGACAACACUCUGGCGGCGACGCUAGUAACAGCACCCAGGUCGGGUCAAAAGGAUGCUUCUCCAGACAAGCCGGGACCCCCGCUGGCUUCUCCUCUUGCCAGCCUGGAGCGGAGGGAGGGGUAGAGGACUCUGUCAAAGCCCCUCUGCUGGCUCAUCUCAGACUUAAUCAGCCGCUGGACAGCAACGGGACAGGAAGUGAUGUUAGCGACGUCCAUUGUACCUCGCUGCCUCAUCCCAAAUCCUCUCCCGGUCCUCAGUGUCCCGCCUCCCACAGCACACUGACAGAACGGCACAAGAUCUUACACCGACUGCUCCAGGACAGCAACGACUCCACCACCACGUCCUCCACAUCGUUCUCCUCCGUCACUGCUGCCGCCUCUGAGGACGGCGUCAACAGAACCGAGGUGGCGAUCAAGAAGGAGCUGCCGUCCAGUCCGCUGGUGAGCGUGGCGCUGCAGCGCUCCACUUCCAGAGAGCCGCAGGACCACCAGCUGCUGCGCUUUCUGCUUGACACGGACGAGAAGGACUUGGGAGACCUGCCUCCUCCCUCGGCUCUCAGCCUGCAGACAGUCCGGGUGAAGGUGGAGAAGCGAGGCAACGGGGAGGCAUGCGGGCCGGCGGUGGGCGCGAGCCCCGCCGUCAAGGCUGCCACUCCGGCUUGCGUCAGCCCAAAGUCGAGCCCCGUUGCGGAGAGAAGGCGAGACAGCCGGCGAGACAGCCGCCGGGAUAGCCGAGACUCCACGAUUUCCGGCGGCGGCGCUGACACGGAGCCCCUCUCCCAGCUGCCUUCCGCCCUCAGAGGCCCAAGCUCGGCGAAGCAAGGCCCGGACGACGCGGGCGCGCCCGGAGGAGGCCCCCAGCUCCACUCUCCGGGCCCCCAGACGCCGGCGCCGCUCCAGUCCCCGGGGCCUCCGCUCCAGUCCCCGCUGUCCCAGUCCCGCUUGCAGUCCCCGUCGCCUCAGCUCCACUCGCCCUCCCCCCAGCUCAAGCUGCAGUCGCCCACCCAGCCGCAGCCCGGCGGCGUCAGUGUGAAGAGGGAGCUGCCCGGCACUCCGAGCAGAGGCCACAAUGAUGGGGGCCCCGCUUCAGGCUGCAGUCUCCAGAGUCAUUCGGCGUUCGAUUUCUGCAGUCCCCCGACUCCGAGCCAGGCUCAAGGAAAGGGACAGGGAGACCUCUUUCAGGCCCCCAAAGACAGCGGCAGUCCCUUUCCAGAGGCAGAAAUCAUCAACCCGUUCAGUUCAACCACUGGCCCAACCAAGUUGGAAUUGGCCGACUCGCAGUUCCAGCCUCUGUCACUGGCUGACUCGUUGACCUUUGAUGCCCUGGGAACUCCGUUACAAGCGCCCCUCACUUCGCCCCAAGAGCAGUGCGUGCCCUGUACGCUGGACGACGUCCUGGUACCGCCGACCACGCCCGAGGCCCGGAAUGACGAGAAGGCUCUGCUCGAGCAGCUGGUCUCCUUCCUCAGCGGCACCGACGAAAGUGAACUGGCCGAGCUGGACAAAGCCUUGGGUAUUGAUAAGUUGGUGCAGGGUGGCUGCUACAACCCGAUGCCCCAGAACUUCCCAACUCAGCAAGUCACUGCCACCCCGCUCUCCCUGGAUCCCAAGCUGCCUUCCUACCCUUCGCAGUUCACGCCGCCCGCUCAGUUUCCCCCAGAGCUGGCCGCCGUCGGUCAGCAGCAGGCGCUGGGCUUCGGGGCAGCCCGGGGGACGUUCCUCGGCGGGGCACCCGCCGCCAUGGCGGGCCUCCGGCCGGGGUUGACCCGGCCGCCCCAGGGCGUGGGCCCCCACCUCAGGCUUCCACCCAACCAGCUGAGGCUACAACUGCAGCAACGACUUCAGGGUCCUCAGCAGCUCCAGAACCGACUGGCGAUGAAUACGUUCUCCGUAGCAGGAGGCCAGCAUCUGAACAUGGCCGUUCGUCUGGGGGCGCCGCAACUUCAAAUUCCUUCGCAGCCUCCACUAAAUGCUCAGAUGCUGGCUCAGCGUCAGAGGGAGCUGUACAGCAUCCAGCACCGUCAGCGUCAGCUUUUCCAGCAGAAGGUCAUGCUGAUGAGACAGAACAUGGCCACAGCCUCACCCGCGGGGGGCGCCGUUUCCGCCGCCGCCGCCGUCGUCGCCAGGGUCCCUAAAGGUGCCAACAACAACGUGUCUGUGCCUCAGCAGCAAGCGCAGUUCAACUUCCCCGCCGGCUACAGCCAGGUGUCCGGGAAACCUCCUACCUCACCCGGUCACUUCAGUGGCCCCAUGCCGGCGGGGGCGCCUAUUCCGGGUGGCCCCCUGGACGGCAAACUGAAUAGCCAGACGAUGUUGCUGGGCGGCGUGCAGGCUCCGCCCUUCGGUGGCGGCUCCUCGUUGCAGCAGCAAGCUGGUCUGAUGCAGCAGUUUGGGGGCACUGCCGCGGUGCAGCCGGACCCGCCUUUCCCUCCUGAGAUCAGCCCCACCAGUCCGUUGUUGUCGCCACAGAGCGCCACUUCCCAGAGUAGUCCUCUGCUCCCGCAAGCCCCCCCUCCUGGCUACCAGUCCCCAGACAUGAAGAGCUGGCAGCAGGCCAGCAACAGCCUGUUCAGUCCGUCAUCGCAGCACAGCGGGAGACAGACGUUUGGCCAGCAGGGGGUGUACAACAACAUGAGCAUCACAGUGUCCAUGGCCGGGGGCUCGGGCGGCAUGGACUCCUUACCCUCCUUGGGGCAGCCCGGCGGCGGCUUGAACAGCAGCGGUGGCGUGGGCUCGCUGUGUAGCGAGCAGCAGGUGCAGCAGGUGCAAGUGUUCGCCGACGUCCAAUGUACCGUCAACCUGGUGGGCGGCGACGCAUACCUGGGUCAGGGCUCCAUUGCAGCCGCCGGCCAGAAGGGUCCCGGCCCCCCGCCCGGCGCCCAGACCAGCCAGGCCCAGCAGAAGAGCCUCCUCCAGCAGCUGCUGACCGAGUGACAGCCCCGCCCCGCCCCGCCCCCUGCCGGCCCCCGGCUCGCCUAUAAACGUCAACCGACAGACCACCACUUCCUCUUCACUCGGACGCCUCCACUGGGACCCCGUGGCAGUCUCGCCUCACUUCAGGACGGACGGAGGGCGUCUGGCUGCGGAUGGCGUUUAACCACUUCCCGUGCCGCCGCCCCGCCCCGAGGAGGGGCCGGCGUGGGAGGGCGCCGACGAGCUGCCUGUCUGACCUGUCUGACAACCUGUCUGUCUGCCUCAGCCUAUUCAAGGCAGUGUUGUCUUUGCUGCUCAUCUCCCCCACCACCACCCCCACCCGACCAACCAUUACCAAACACCUGCUUCCUCGUUGCUGUCCAAUCAGGACACGGGAGUACCUCGGAGGGGCGGCGGCCCCCGUUUUGGCUUUUUGAUUUGCUUUUUUCUGGGAAUGUGACAACGGAAGCUCGGUAUCAGCUGGUUCUGCGACGCUCUCUCUCUGUCAGCUCCACAGUGCCUGGUGGAAGUUUGAGCUUCUUCUUUUAUUUCUUCUUCUUCCACACACAAUUAUUCAAUGUUUUUCUUGUUGUUCUGCUCUCUUCAUCGUCGUCAUCAUCUCAAUCAGCGCUUACAGCCCGCAAGGGACGCGGUGACAGAUGUAUGAACGGGAGACAGACGGACAGGAUGCUGCUCACUUUUGGGUUUUUUUGGAACUCUUUCUCCUUUAUUUUUGUAUUAAGUAUAAAAGAAAAACAUACGUGAGAAACUGAUGGGAUUAUUUAACAGUCGCGUGUUUAUUAACCCUCACCUCAGCAGCUGUGAAUACGAGGCCAGCUCGGCCUCCCUCUCUCUCUUUUAUUCUCUCUUUUUCUAUCCGACGCUAACUCGGCCUAUGAGUGUUGUUUGCCAUGCAGGCGAGUGUCGUGUUGUACAGUACAGAAGGAAGAUGGACAUCAUUGGUGGACUCGCGACAAAAAAAAUGUGGAAAAUUGCCCUUUUCACACGGCGCCGGCAAAGCAAAACAAGGCUUUUCCUGGAUCCGGCACCGACACUCGACUGCCGUUUUACAAACUCUAGAUGCAACAUGGUGCUUGGAGUUGACCUAAGCAAAAUGAAGACCGUAUUUUAAAUUUUUGUUUUUCUUGACUUUCUCUGAAUCCGGCACAAACAUUCAACUGCCAUUUUACUAAAUCUAUUUGCCAAAGCUGUGUUGGCACCAUGGAGCAAUGACAUUUCCUUUCACGCGGUGCCGACAAGGCACGUCAAGGACCAGUUCUUUGAAAUUUUCCUGAAUCAGGCGUCAUAUCGACUGCCAUUUUAAGCACUCUCGAUGCAGCAUGGUUUUUAACCAUGCUGGCAAUCCCCUCUUGCUCUACUUGCAAAAUGGGCACUAGGUUUUUGAUGUUUCCCACACAUUUAACAAACAAACUUUACCUUAGCUGUGUUGGCACUUGCAUUUUCUCUGAAUCCGGCACCAACAUUUGUCUGACAUCUGACUCGCUCUAGACUUUACUUGGCGUUUGUUUGCCAAAGCGGCGCUGGCACCAGCUCUGUGUGAAAGGGGCAAUAAUUGCAGCAGGUGUUUAGAGUCGUACUGCGUUUUAAGCACCGGUUCUUUAACUUUUUCCUGAAUCCGGAACCAACAUUCGAGCGCCAUUUUACCUACUACCCAAGAUGGCCGCCGGCUCUGAGUGAAAGGGGCUCUAAUUGCAACAGUUUUCAAGGUCAUACUGCACUGCUAAAUAUUGCAGCGGUGGAGGAAGUAGUCGUUCCCCCAACGACAAAAUGUGAAAAUCAUCCAAAUGUUCAAAUGUACCCCAGCCCUUUACCUCCUGCGACGCCAUUUUUGUAGUUUUAACCCCCACAAGGAAGCACUUCAGGCACCGGGCCGAGUCGGGUGCGUAUUUUUAAGGACGUAAAAGUCGUAGUCGUUGGUGAACAUUCUCUCACAAGCCAGCCAAACCGGUUUGUUUACCGUAUCGCCCGCGGCCCAAUUAUUCGCAUCCUACACUUAAAGGACUCCCUCAAAUGGAUGCCACCAUCAGGAGAUCUGUCUGUCAUUCCACGCCCUACCUCAGAGUACUUUUGUUUUAUUUCGAUUUUCUUCCGAUUACCUCAUCCUCCUCUUUACCAGACGCACACGCCGCCUGGUUUUCGGACCUCGUUUCACACUGUGAACUCAGCUCGCUGGUUUCUUCUUUGGUUAUUUUGUAUCUUUUUGUUUGUUCGUUGUGUAUUUUAGUGACGCAGUAUCAAUCCAUGAAAACAGCAACAUGCUCUUUCACACAACUUUAAGGACUUCUUCAGAACAUUAUUUUCCCCUCCAUUGACGACCAUCUCUCCGUUGUGCUGUUUUUUUUUUUUUUUUCUAUUUGAGCGAGUUUGUGGACAAAAGUAAUGGGCAGUGCCGCAGCGUGGUGCGAGGUUUCGGCACGUUUGCGUGUAGGAAGAACUUGGUCCCGAAAGAGGGCCUGGUCUGGCUCGCCCCAGCGUUCUUUCGCACCGCACUCAUCCGAGAACACUUUUACGGACCGAAAAAGGAACUUUGCCCCAAACUGUUCUGGAAGAAUGAUCGAUUGUCAUUAUGCUAGCUAGCCUUCGUUGCGUCAUUGAGGGGUGUGUCCCAAUACUUUUGUCCAUAUAGCGCAGGGGUGGGCAAAGAAUUUAUCAAUUUGUUAUUUAUAAUACAUUAUCUCAUUAAGUAAUUGAUUGUACAUAAUAAAUAUGAAUAACAAUAAAUCAUUUUAUAUACGUUGCAUCCAGAAAAUAUUCAUCGCACAUUUUAUGUUACAGCCUUAUUCCAAAAUGGAUACAUUACAUUUUUGCUAUUGUGUGGGUGGCUGUCUGAAGUGCACUAGUAUGUUGGUUUAUUUGAUAUGAACAUCACAAGAACAUUGGCACAAAGCAGAUGUAUUGCUUAAAGCGUUUUAGCGCGAGGGCUAAUUUGCAACACUUGUCAACUUUUAAUAAGGUACAAAUAAUACAAAAAAAUACGAGAGUGUAGCGAUACGGUCAAGUUCAUUUGUCAAUUUUUUUUGCAUGUACCAACACAAAAAAAUCACCCAAGUGAUGGCUGGAAUAACUGACUAAUUUGAGUUCUUAGUUUUUUAUUUUAAUACAGAAAAAAAAAGUCAUAGUGGGGUGUUGUUUUGGGAUUUUUUUCCCCCUGUAAAUAAAGAAUUUAUUCCAAUUUGGAAAAGGGCUGUAACAAUGCAAAUGUGAAAAAAAGUGACCUUGUGAAUACAUUUUAUUUAUUGUAUCAAAUCAUUGGUAAAUUUAUAAUUAAUUACAAAUAAGGACAUUUUUUGUUUUAAAUGGGAAUGGACUAUUUUGCAUGCACAUUUUCACCUUUUUUUUUUCCCUAUUGGCAAAUGUUUUUAUAACGAGUACAAAAGUUUGCCCACCCCGUGAUUAUUGCGUUUUCAUCUUUUGUCUUUUUUUUUCUUUUGUAUUGGCGUUGAAAAUUUAAUUCCGGUAUCUUGAUGAUCCCAAGUCAUAAAAGUUUUGGACAGAUUUCACGCUCGGAACAACCGUUUGGAUUUGUUGGGGUUUAUGUUUUUAUUUUUUUUAUUUUUUUGGGCUUGUGCAAAGUGGGAGAAUGUUUUAGCCGUUUCUCGUAUUUGUCGCGCGUCCAGUCCAUCGGCUGAUGUUUUUUCUGCAGGGAUGAGGAAUCCUUUCCUCUCUUCACUCCACACUACAAACAACAACAAAAGGCAAAACAACAACAAAAGCCAAAAAAGAAGCGAUGCAUGUAGAAAUUCCAGAUGUUAUGCAAUCAGCUGCUCAGAGGAAAGGCCUCCCUUUUCUUCCUGCUCCUCCUCCUCCUCCUAGUCGGCAGAUACAGGCUUUUUGUUAACAUGAUGUAAAUAGCAAAGAGAAAUGUGAAUAAUAAUAAUAGUAAGGAGAAUCAUCAUCAUCAUCAAGACAAGUUUGUGGUAAAUAACUACUCGCCUCCGUCGUCUUUAUUUUUAUUUUACGGGAUUUUCUACUUUUUUCAAAUUCUUUCGAUGAUGAUGCAUAUGUAUAUGAGUAUCAGUGCGUGUGAUGAAUACUGUAUAUUAUUAUUAUUAUUAUUAUUAUUAUUAUUAUUAUGGAUCCUCUCCUUCCCUGCUCCACGUGUCUGAUGCCAGAGAAUGGUUUCUAUAGCGACUGCUGAAUGUGAUUUUUACUGAGCGACGAGCAGUGUGGACUGGCUUUGUUUGUAUUUGUCAUCGUCAUCGUACGGGUUAAUUUAAGAGAAAAAAAAGGCCAUAUUGUAUAUUAUUUUUUUUUCUCUUGUUGUCAUAGCCGACGCUGGAGAGUGGAGCCUCGGCAGGGCGGAGAAACGACCACCUGACAUAUUUCCCUCCAUCUCUCUUAGUGAUUGUAAAUGACCAAAGCCUCAAAGAUCUCGUAUGCAAACCGUCACUGGAUGUUCGCGCCCCCGGUCUUUUAUCUUAAGUGGCCCAAAGUUAACGUUAACUAUGCACCCAUAAGCCAAAAGAAAGGGUGGGGGCGGGGGGGGGGGGGGGGCACUGGAGUAAGCCACAACCCAUUAAUUGCGUUUUUGCUUGCCUGUCGUCAGACAAAACCAAACCUCAUUCAUGUUUUUUUGCAAUAAAAGUUUUUUUUUUUUUUUUAAAUAGUGUUUAAAAAACAAUAACAUUU